UGUUACAGCGUUGUACAGUCGGUGUUGCUGUGGUUGAUGUAAACCUCUACAUUUAUUGAUCAUGACCUGACUGUAGUGCUUCAGUUUGUCCUCCUGGUUCUCUUGUCCAGGUCGAGUGUUUAGGCAGAGAGGAGGAGGAGGAGGAGGAGGUGGUGGUCGUGGUGGCAUGCGUAUGGGCAGCAGCUGGAGGUGGCAGCUCUCCCGGGCCAUGCGACUGGCGCUGCGUUGGUGCCGACUGUGCCGCCUGCAGAGAGGAGGCCUGAGCGGGACCAACAGACCCUGGACGGGCGGCAGGCUGCCGGAGCUGUGGAGCUACAGCAGACUGCUGCUGAACUCCCUGUACUUCAACAGCCUCACUAACUUUGACACGGUGCUGGACUGUGCGUUUGAACCCGUCUACUGGAUUGUGGACAACAUGACCCGCUGGUUUGGAUUGGUGUUUGUCUGUCUCGUUGUCCUGCUGACAUCCUCCGUCGUGGUCAUCGUCUACCUGUUUGUCCUGCCUACAAUCUUCAGCACUUACUCCGUGUUCUGGAUUUUCUGGCAUGUCUGCUGCGGCCACUGGAUUCUCGUCAUGGUGACGUUCCACUACUACAAGGCCACCACCACCUCCCCCGGACACCCACCCAAGGACAAACUAAACUUCCCCUCUGUCUCCGUCUGCAAGAAAUGUAUCACCCCAAAACCAGCAAGGACGCACCACUGCAGCAUCUGCAACGUGUGUGUCAUGAAGAUGGACCACCACUGCCCCUGGCUGAACAACUGCGUGGGCCACCUGAACCAUCGCUACUUCUUCUCCUUCUGCCUCUACAUGACCCUGGGCUGCAUCUACUGCAGCGUCAGCAGCAGGAACCUGUUUCUGGAGGCUUACAACGCCGUCGAGACUUACUAUCAGACACCUCCACCAGAGUAUAGCCUCAGAGACAACUCUGCUCACAAGAGCAUCAUCUUCCUCUGGGUCCUGACCAGCUCGGUGGCAGUCGCCCUGGGAGGACUCACCCUGUGGCACGCGCUGCUCAUCAGCGCAGGAGAGACCAGCGUGGAGCGCCACAUCAACCGGAAAGAAGCCAGGAGGCUGAGGGAGAGAGGCAAGGUGUUCAGAAAUCCAUACCAUCAUGGCUUAAUAAACAACUGGAGGUUACUUUUGGGUGUGGAGUCAAGAAGGCACUGGUUGACGCGGGUCCUCUUACCCUCCGGCCAUCCUCCCAGCGGAGACGGCAUCACGUGGGACUGCACCUUCACCAGGAGAGACCCCAUGGCCAUCUGACCUCCCGCCUUACGUUGCUCCGGUUUUUCCACAUAUCAACAACAAACUGGCAUUCACACAGCGAGCAAUGGUAGCUCGCUCGUUUCUGAGCGUGUGCCUCAGGGAGACGCUCCCUGAUAUUUUCCACCAUUGCCUCAUACAUUUUCUUUAAACUGACUGCAUUGUUCUCAAUGAACUGACCAACGGGUGCUGCUGGCCAGCACACGACUACGGCGCGUUCACACCUGGUUGUAUUAAAGCAAACUCUGGUAUUGGUGCCAAUGCUGGUGCAGUUCACUUAAACGUGCUGCUCGGCGUGCACCAAACAAGCGGGCAGAGUCCCUUUUAAAAGGUGGCUGUCAGAGCAAACCAGGAUUGACAAAUGUCGUCAAUCCAUCCAGUCAGUUUGUGGAGGCCAAACGAACCGGGACCGUCUUCUAGUGAACUGAACUAAGUGGAUCCUUUUCUGCUUUGGUCUGGACCAAAAAUACCAAACUGCAGGUGUGAAUGCACGUCAAGAGCAGCUGUGCACCAAAUACAAUUACACCAACUCAUCUGUAGGCAAACAAUUCAGUCUCAAAAGGGAUUUCAACCACGUUUGUGGAGAGGUUUGUUUAAGAAGCCAAAAGGCACAUUUUGUCAGACGAAAGCCACCUAUUUCCUCUGUGUAACAGCAGAAAGACGUGGGCAGGAAUGUGUCUCUAAAUCAGCGGCCUUCAGUUAAAUAUGUAACCUCACAAAUCCAGCCGAGCAGGCAGUGCUUGGAAAGGCUGAAACAUUACCGUUGGUGCUGGAUGUCGCGUUUCCCGCCCAGCAGACCCAGACAGAAGCUUCGUGUGAUCCAGUGGAGGUCACACUUAUGUAAGAAUAGUGAUUUAUGUUGGAUUUUUAAAUAUCAAUUGUGUACAAAUAUAUUAAUAUUUGGCAACUGCCACAUUACUCUAUUUCUGUUAAAGCCCCUCUAUGUAGCAAUACCACCAAGUUCACCUCAUUAGGUAUUACACGAUGUGCUGGACCGCCCCCUCUCAUGAGCACAAUAUUAUCAGCACGGCAGAUUAAAAUGCCCCAUGUGGUCAGGGGUGGUAUUACUACAUAGAGUGCCUUUAAAGCUUCCACAUUUAAGAUGUAUGUUAGAUCUUGUCAUCUUCUGUUAUCCUACAAUAUUUAAAUGUAUUUCCAAUGUACAAGAUAUUUGAAUUGAUGCUGUUCAGCAGUCCAGGUGAGUGAUGAUGUAAAAGGAUGAUUGGCAGCUUUUUCAAACAUAAUGUUGUAAUGUCAACAAUUAAAACCGCAUCACUGAUUUGAGAUGCUUGUGGGUCUGAGCCAAGAGCUCGUCUGCUUGUUUAGAGGUUCAGUUGUGUACUUUAUUAAAUAUAUUUGUAUUUGUGGGUUUUGAGUAGAGGACAGAUCCAAGUUGGGCAGGAAGAUCCUGAUAAUACAGAAUUUAGUUUGUUUUUUUGCAAUGUGUCCUGUGAUAUUUUCAAUGUUGUUUACAACUCUGCAUGUUUACAUUAUGAGUUUUGGUGCGUUUUGGUGCCAAAGAGUAGAAAAGAAACAUUUUUGUCGGGAAUCUGAGGGCGAUAAGAAACUCGCCAGCACUUAUUCUUUCACAUUUCCAAGUUCUUUUGGUUUUUAGUACAGAUGUUGAUGUGUGCCUCGUUUUGUUGUCCUGUGUUGCAAUUAAGUGAAUUUGUCACUUCUACACUUUUAAUCCCCUUUAAAAAUGUCCACAGCAGCAAUUUCAUGAUGUAUAGCCUCGAUAUUAAGUUGCCAUGGAAACGUGAUGUAAUCUGUGAACAGCAGGAGCUGUGCUCCAGUCUCUUUUUAAAUAAAACCAUUUUUUAAACUUCAAGAAA